AUGAAUUAAAAGGAGUAUGUUUUUUUAGAAAGAAACAAUGAAUACGUAGAAAAUGAAUACUUUGUGGGUCAGAAAGAAUCGAGAUUUCACUCUAAUGAUUAAUAAAUAAAUAUUUAAGUAGAAUCGUAAUUAAGUACUCUGAGUUAUAUUUUUGAUUGGAUAACAAAUGUAAGAGUUUGAUUUUAUAAAAUAAGGAUCAAUUAUAAGAGUUAAGAUCCCAAAUACUUCAUUAAAUAAAGUUAUUAGAUCAGAAUGUAAAAACUAAAUAUAUUACUACUGCAUUAUCAUAUAUUUUGAUAAAGAAUACCAGUGGCAUCAAUGAGACAGAGUGUAUAUAGCAAUUACUUGUAAUAUUUUAGUUUAAUAUUUAUUAGAAUAAGUUUAAUGUUAAAUCAAGAAAAUUAUUGAAGUAUUUAAGAAUGAUCAAAGAUGAUGGUUAAAGAGAUAUGAAUAAGUUAUUAUAACAGAUAUAAUACUAUUAAGAGAAAGUGAGAAAGUAUUUUUUUGGAUAAGGAUAAUCAUUAUUACUUAAAUUGAAGAAACCAAAUUAAACAUAUACUUAAUUGAUUGAAGAAAUUCUUGAGACAAAUAAAUAAGUGAUGAUUAGAAUAUUCUCUUUACAAUUAGUGAAAUAAUUUUGUGUAAGUAAACGACCAAGUCGAUUAGUGAUAAACUUAGGUUACUUUGCAUUCUAAAUUUAAUCAAUAUAUAUUUUACCUGGAGAAUAUGCUAGAAUAUUUAGAAUAUCAAUUAAUUCCUUACGUCAUUUCUCAAAAGGAUUAAUUAACAUUUUAUAUCAAUUUGUAUUAAGGAUAACUGGUUAAGGAAUUGAGACAUAAUUUAAGUCUUGUGAAAGAAGUCCAUAAAUUUCAUAAACCAUUAUGAAUGAAGGAGAAUUAAAAAAAUCACCUGAAGAUACAAGUGUAUCAGAACCAAAUAUUGAAAUUGAAGGAUUUAAAUUACUCAUUAUUAGAAAACUAAUUAAUGAAUUCAGCAUAUAUUAAUUCUUAUUUGUUGACACUGAAGAAGAAGAUGAAUUAUUUAAUGAAUGUUAAGAAAUUUUGAACUUUUCUAUCAAUGAUAAAGUGUGA